AUGACAAGUCACUCAGUGAGUCAGUCAGCUUUACCGAGUAUCGCCAGCCAAAUCGCAGCCGAUACCACCGAGCGGGUGAAGCGAGUCGAGGACAACACCAAGGUCAGCGAGUGUUUGGCCAUCAUGGAGGAAGACUUGAGCCGGAUUGCUGAGUGA